UUUAAUUCAACCCUUUGUUCAAAUUUUGUACAAUAUAAAUACACACACAACACAAACACACACUGCCCAACCCAACCCAGAUCGCCACAAUCAACCAACCAGUCACGGUGGGCGGUGCUUUGCUUUCUCCCUGCAAAUUAUCAGGCUUUAAGCAGGGAAUUCACACCAUGGCAAGUAAUCAUGGUGGCAAGGGUGUUAUGGAUGCUGGGAGCAGUGACGGUAACAAUUCGGGAACCACCGUUGAGAUAAAGAUAAAGACUUUGGAUUCUCAAACAUACACUAUGCGCGUAGAUAAAUGUGUACCUGUUCCUGCACUAAAGGAACAAAUUGCUACUGUUACCGGUGUAUUAUCUGACCAGCAACGGUUAAUAUGUCGUGGCAAAGUUCUAAAGGAUGACCAGCUUCUUUCAGCAUACCAUGUUGAAGAUGGACACACACUGCACUUGGUUGCUCGACAGUCGAUUAAUCCAUCACUAGCAAGCUUUCCAGAUCUCACAGAAAGUGAUCCAGCAUCAAAUAUGUGGCAUCCGAUGGGCAGCCAGCAUGGGCCCAGUGUAAUGGUCGGAACAUUCAAUAUAUCCGAACAAGGUGACGGAAAUCUUCCUGAUUUUAGUCGGAUGUUUUCUGUUGUUCUUGGUUCUUCCGGACAAGCAAAUGCUGGAAGCAAUGUUGAAGCAGUAGAUUUGCAACAACCCAUCUCUACACGGCGUGAAGCAGAAGAUUCGCAACAACACACCUCUGGAAGGACUGAACGUGUAAUUCGUCGUCAUCAUCAUCAUAAUCAUUACAUCCCUGAAGGUCUUUUACGAAUACCUGGUCUGAACCAAAUGAGAAUCCCUGGUCAACAACCUGACGAUGUUUCCGCCAGAAGUCAACCUAAUCUUCAAAAUGCUUCUUUCUCGCUUCCGACUGAUGAUUCUUUGGAAUCUCUUCAGCUUCCUGUUAUUCCUGAUUCUCUGACCACCUUAUCCCAAUAUCUAAGGCGUUUGAGGCAAGAGUUUAACGAAAAUGUUAGAAUCCAGAUGAACAUUGGGGGAGAAGAAUCAUCUGCUGCACCACAUUCAGCCGCUGGUCAGAGCGGAUUGCCGACGCCGGCCGCCCUUAGUGAAGUGACUCAGUCUACAAGACAGUUACUUGUUGAACAAGCCGGAGAAUGCUUAACGCAAUUGACCAGGCAAUUAGGGGACCAAACAAACGUAACCGAUCCUGUAGCACGGUUAAGGAUGCAGUCGAAUGCUUUGAGAUCAGGUGCACUUUUGCAAAAUUUGGGUGCGUUUUUACUGGAGCUUGGACGCACAACCAUGACACUUCGAUUGGGACAGUCACCGACUGAGGCUGUGGUUAAUGCUGGGCCUGCUGUUUUUAUAUCCACAUCUGGCCCAAAUCCUAUCAUGGUUCAGCCUCUACCUUUUCAACCUGGAACAAGUUUCGGAACUACACCUACAGGUCCCGGCACUGGUUUACGCCCAAGGAAUAUCGAUAUCCGAAUACGUACCGGUUCAGUGUUGGCGCCAGCUGCUAAUCAAAGAGAAGCAAGCGGCGGUGAGCGGUCAGCGGCAUCUGAUACCGGAGUUUCGAAUAAUCAAGCUGCCGCUAGAAAUCUGUCUCAACCCACGGGUGGUUCUGGUUCUGAUGUUCGUGUGGUUCCGAUUAGGAUUUCAACACUGCCACCUGGACUUGCACCUUCUGAAGCGUCUAUUGGUUCUAUGAGUGUGCUGUAUCCAAUGGUAGCAAGAAAUGGUGUUAAUGGCCAGGUAUCAAAUGGAAGCCAUGCUCAUAACGGUGAAAACAGACCGCGUGUGGUCCCUAAUUCUACAGCUCCGGUUCAACCACCUGAAGUUCCUGUCUUUCAAUUGGAUACAGGUACAACUCACAGUGGUCAAACUUUUUCUACAGAAGUUCCGAGUGGACUCGACCAACUGCUGAGAAAUUUAUUUCCUGUUCCUGGUGUCGAAGACUUCAUCUUACAGGGAACGAGUGUUGAAACGGCUCACACGCCCGUCAAUUCUCAAGAAACGCCAGCUGUCAGUGAUGAAGGAACCUUUUUGUCAAAUUUGCUCCACCAGAUUAUGCCUGUUGUGACUCAGCACCUCAAUGGUGGACCCGAUGGGGAAAAUAGAACUACCCAACCUUCUUCAAAUGUUGAAGAGAACCGAGACCGAGGUGCAUCUUCACGGCAGCCAGAUGGUCCUUCAUCUCCCCCGUCCUCAAAACGGCAAAAGACAGAGUAAGUGAUUGCAAAAGCAAGUUAAAGCCAGAAACAAAAUAUUGGUUUCUGCAGCAGAUAUCAUCUUUAUAACCGGCUUGACUCUGACCAAAAUUCAGUUGACCGCCGAUGCAUUGAUGGACGAGAACCCAAGUUCAAUACACAUCAUCUUUGUGUUUCUUAUCUUUGAAUCCGAAUAUCGGGUAAUCUCUUUUGUGUUUUGGGUAAACAAUUGCAUAGUAAAAUAUUUUUUUUUGGUUUUCGAUCGUAUGAUUGAAUAUGAUAUGCCCAUUCGGGUGGACUUGUAAGAAUCUGAGAGCAAUUAGAGCAUUUGUGUUUAAUUAAUUUUGGAAUGGGUUACCUUUA